UUGUUAGCGGUUUGUCUGAAACAGGAAAGCUGACGGGGCGGCCACGCAGAGCGGAAGAGAAACGCAGCACUGCCGAAGUUUUGAUUGGCGUUUUUCAGGCUCUGCGAGGCCUUUACUUUUAUUUCACUCUGCCGAGCUCCGUUUGUAAGCCGCCGCUAUGAGUCUCCAGUGGACGGCUGUGGCUACGUUCCUCUACGCCGAGGUGUUCGCGGUGCUGCUGCUCUGUGUGCCCUUUGUCUCUCCAAAACGAUGGAGCAAAAUCUUCAAAUCUCGUUUGGUGGUCACCAUUACAACUUAUGGAAACACAGCAUUCAUUGUGGUUAUCUGCAUCCUGGUCUUCCUUCUGGUUGAUGCGUUCAGAGAAGUGCGGAAGUACAGUGUGACUGACAAGGUGGACUUGUCCAACAACCCUGUGGCCAUUGAGCACAUCCACAUGAAGCUGUUCAGAGCGCAGAGGAACGAGUAUAUUGCAGGUUUUGCCCUGCUUCUGUGCCUAUUGUUGCGGCGCCUGGCCUCGCUCCUCUCCCAGCAGGCCACACUCAUGGCCUCCAACGAGGCAUUCCAGAAGCAGGCAGAGGGAGCCAGCGACGCUGCCAGAAAGUACAUGGAGGAGAACGAGAAAGCUCCAGGAGGUAAGAAUGACUUACUCAACAGCAAGACCAAGGCCAGUGCUGAAGAAGAGAACAAGACUCUGAAGGGAGAGGUCAGGCAGCUGAAGGACGAGCUUGACGCCACCAGGAAAGCUCUUCAAAAGUCAGACAGUGAUGUGAAGGCCAUGAAGAAACAAGCUGAGAAUCUAACAGUGGAGUAUGAUCGUCUGCUGGAGGAGCAUGCCAAACUGCAGGCGAAACUCGACUCUGAACAAGACAAGAAGUCAGACUGAACCAGUUACUGUCACACAUCUGUCUGCUUCACUCUUCCUCCUCAACGCCAGGUCCACGCAUCACUUCCGGCUGCUGGAUUUUAUCAUACAGGAUUUGAGAGCAUUCCUGUGUGCUUUACUUGUAAUAAUACUGCAUUUGGUGAAAUAGCAAAUGUGUUUUGUUUUGGUUGUUUUGGUUUUUUUGUUUGUUUUUCUUCCUUUUUUCUUGAUCAUAAAGUAGCUCACUGUCACAUGACUUGUUUUUUCUUUUUCUCCUGAAUGUGAAAAAGUGGUCUUCACUGAUUUUUUCUAUGCUUUAAAUGUUUUUGCAGCUCUUCAUAAUGUUUAGCGUUUAAAUAGAUGGACCAAGAAAUAUCUGUGGAAAGUUGAAUAUCAGCAUAGUGUUUACUGUAUACAUAUCAAAAUUAAAUUAUGGAAUGGAAACGAGGGUGAAAUAUGUGGGUUUCAGUGUUUGGUACUGGUUAAUUUUGGAGGAGUUUGUGGAUUUAGAAUCUUCUCCACUUUCCAGUGGCCAUCUGGUACUGUACACUUCCAGUAAGCACUAAAGAAAGUUCACCCAGGUCACUUUCAUGUUCCCAACCUUCAUUUACUUUCUUCCUUUUUUUUUUUUGCCAGAACCCCUCACUGUAGGAAAAUAUCACCUAUGUUAUUGUUCUCUGCUGGGAUUACUUUCUUUCUUACAUUGUAAAAGUAGAACAGAGUGGACAAGCUUAUUCCAGCCGUGGCUGGUUUAUUCCACUGAGUCAGUAUAAUGUGAUAUGAAUCAGGCCCUGCUGCAAUCAAGCGGACUGGCAGUGUCUUUGCACGAACGGUCAAGCAUCCGCAGCCUAGGUUGCAUUUCAAAACACUGAGGUUGCCUUUGAGUUUCAAGUUUCCCAUUCGAUAGAGAGACCGUUUAGUGUAAUCUUGGUGGUACCUCCCAAGUACAGGUGCCAGCGGCUGCUUGUAAUUUACCCGGUUGCAGAUCAAUAGCCAUUGUAGGGCCUAUACAGUAAUAAAGGAUGGAAAAAGCAACAGAUGGUGCUAAGCUGCCUUGGCUUUGCUGGCCUUGUAAACGAAUAGCUCAACACAGCGUUAGAGUGGUGAUGCUUGACACUCGUCAGUUGAUCGUUGGAGAGUGUAAGGAGCCCUCAGCCUGUACUCAUGACUAAAGAUUUGUGGCUGUCCAGUUAAAAAUAGAGGCUCGUUGUAAAGCAGUGAAGGAAAGCUUGGGGCACACGCGGAGGUAUUCUAGAACAUGAGGGUGAUAUAGUUCAUAGUUCUGUGAAUGUUCAGCUACACCAAGCAUGCGAGGUAUUUUUUUUUUUUCUCCUACAUUAACCAUAGUUCACCAUUUGGGUUGUUCUGAGAAUGCAUCCGGCUGAAAUAUUGUACUGUACUAGGCACUUAAUGUAUGUGUAAGGACUUGAGGGUAUAUUCAGGGUUGGUGAAAAUUGUAUUAACUUGGAAGAUGGGGGUCAUAUUGGAUUUGAAAUAUGUUCUUUUGAUGAAGGGUGUCUCCCUGAUGUCUGGGAUCUAGUUAAGAAAUAAAUGUACAUGCCGCAUGACACGCUUGGAAUGUUUAGUUAGGAUGUUUUUCUGCUUUGCUUGUUCAUCUUCUGCAUUACCAAAUGUAGCAGUGAAGUGCCAGAGAAGUGCUCAGUCUUUGUCCUCAUUGCAUAUUUCAUAUUUCAUCAUCAACCUGCAGGAAAAGACACAUUACUGUUCUGAUUGCCUAUAAUGGCACAUCUAAACUGUCCAUUAAGACUUCAGACCAAUUUUGUGCUGUGUUUCUGAAAUCAUUCUGGCUGAUUUACUAGCAGUAGUUUUGUCACUCAGUACUCUGCAUGCUGCAGUUUAUCACCGGUUCCAUGUUUGGUAAUGUGCUUCAAGUGAGAAGUUGAUAAACUACUUCCAUUAAAGUCUCCGUUAAUACUCUUAAUCAUUGUUAAUAGUUAUUUUCAUGUCAAUAAAAUGUCUGCCUUGCUUGCAACAACUUAA